AUGAUUGGGAUUUCUGCGAAGCGGGUAACCGUCCAGGUCUGGACGCUGGCUGACUGCUUCGCUGUAUCCCUGGGGAUCCGCCAUGUCAGCGAUCACUGCGUUCCGUUGUUGAAUAAUAUCAGCAAGGCGACGAAACGGGGCCAAUUCCACGAUUACUUCGUCACGCAUCUGCCGUCGUCUUCUCUUCAUCCGGAUUCCAGGGGUCCUAUCUCCCCCUUCCACAAACUCCCUCGAUCCGCCUCCGUGCCUCAUACGGGCGAAAUUUCGCAUUCGCCAGCCCUGCUGCACCCGCUGGUAGGCCGUGAGACGACGGUGGUGCGGAUCCCGCUGCGGAGCGCGAAGCAUCACUUUGGCGUCGCGACGUCGCGGGGCACCCGUCCGGCAAACGAGGAUGCCCAUCAGGCCGGGGUGCUCGAUAUCCCGGCCUUUGCCAAACGGGCCCCCAGAUCCCUGACUAUCCGGCGAUCGGGCGCGUCUAACCCGCCGCCUCUGGAAAAUCGUGCUGCGGACACAGCGAGCGGGGAUCCGCAAGUAUUCUACUUUGGCAUCUUCGACGGCCAUGGCGGAGCAGAGUGCAGUAACUUUCUACGGGAGAACUUACACGAGUACAUACAGUGCGCGGCGGCGGAAUUCGAGCUACAGUCUAGUAUAAGGCAGGAAAGGAGAAGCCUGCCAGGCGAGGCGGGCGAGGCGGGCGAAUGUACAAAGGAUGAGCUCGAAGACACCGAGUCUUCCCAACAGCUUCUGCCGAUUGUUCAGAGAGGGAAUUCCCAAAGAAUUAGUGAACUGGAAAGGGAACUCUUGGACGACUGGAGGGGUAUGGUUGGAGGGUAUUUCAAGAGAUUCGUCCCGCCGCAUUUUUCGUGUUUGAGCCAGAAAGCGGACUCGACAAGUGAUGCGGUGGACGACGGCGAUCGCGGGGUCACCAUUGAAGAGGUGAUGGAAUACGCGUUUCUGCGAGCAGACCUAGACUUUGUGUCGGCGCAAGCAGCGAAGCGGGACGACGACGUCGUUCAGGCCGACCAGCCUCUGAACGAAGACGACAUUUUGUACAGCCCCAGCCAGACGCGCUCGUUGAAGAUCGGGGGCCGCAAACGCUUCAAAGGUGGAAGCACCUGCAGUGUGGCCAUGAUCUCCACCCCGACGCCCGCGCCCUUCUGGCAUCCCGCUGCACCGUCGAGUCUUCUCAUCUCGCAUGUAGGCGAUACGAGGAUCCUACUCUGUUCGACGACAAACGGGCUUGCCAUCCCUCUUACUUCCGACCACCACCCUUCUUCACCCAUCGAGGCGAACCGGCUGCGCCGCUAUGCGGCGACGUUUGUCACCGAUUCGUUCGGCGAGGAGCGCAUGAGCGGGCUGGCCAACACCCGAGCCUUUGGUGACAUGCAGUCGAAACGAAUCGGAGUCUCCGCGGAGCCGGAGAUCAAACGCAUCGAGAUGGGCCCCGCAGAAUACUCGUUCUUGGUUCUUAUGUCCGAUGGGAUCAGCGGUACGCUCCAAGAUCAGGAGAUCGUCGAUAUCGUCAAGGAGGCCAAAACCCCGGACCAAGGCGCACGCGACGUCGUCAGCUUCGCAACCGAGGUCACCAAGGAAGGCGACAACGCAACGUGUCUCGUGGUCCGACUUGGCGGCUGGGAGCGGCGACUAGAAGGAGGCGUCGGCAGUAUGGGCACCAAGGAGUCGCGGGAAUGGCGACGACAGGAUGCGACAGAUCCGCGCAGGUCACGGAGAUGA